AUGAAAUUUACUCUUCACCUUUCCGUUUUGGCCGCUGCUGUUACUUUGAUUUCCAUGGUGUCCGCCGCUCCUGGCCAAAAGCCAUGUCAUGCCCUCUCGGAGGCACAUGCUAACGCUGUUUGUAAAGAAUACUGUGGCUCUACUGGAUACAUUCUCGGCGAAUGUGGCUCAGAAGGUAUCUGUAUCUGCAACAACAAGACGACUACUGUCAAAGUGCAUCAUACUACUCCACAUACUUCACAUUCCCUGACUCCUGGUGCCUCUGCUUCCAAGGUUUCCACUACAUACCAUCACUCUACUCAGAAAUACACCAGCAAAAUACGUUCAAGUGCCUUCAAAAAGCAUUCAAAAUCUAUUUCCACCAUCUCUCAUACAAGAACUAACAGCAAGCGCCACAGAUCAACCAAGACCACCACUACUUACAAGACCGUCAAUACGACCAUUACCAAAACAAUCACCAUGAAAGCUUCCGAAGUCUCGGCUCUUGCUGAUCAUGCCAGCUCUAAGAGCAAGAGAAGAGUAGCAACUGUUUACACAACUGUACCUCGUCGUCGUCAUGAUUAG